AUGGUGGUGGAAGUGGUGGAGGUGGAGGCGGUGGUGGUAGUGGCGGUGGCGGUGGUGGGGGGUGGGAAUGGGAAUGGGAGGGGGAAUGGGAAUGGGAAUGGAAGUGGGAAUCGUGGUGGGAAUAAAGAAAAGCAUAAGAGAAAGCAUAAGGGGGGUAGCAGUGGAGGCGGUAGAGGUGGCGGUGGUGGUGGUGGUGGAGGUGGCAGUGGCGAUGGUAAUCGGAGUGGAGGUGGUGGUGGCGGCGGAGGAGGAGGAGGAGGUGGGAAAGGGCAAGGUCAUGGAUGGGGAAAAGGGAGUGGCGGCGGCGGCGGUGGCGGUGGUGGUGGUGGAGGGGGAGGGGGAGGCGGCGGAGGGGGAGGGGGAGGCGGCGGUGGCGGAGGUGGAGGCGGUGGUGGUGGCAGCGGUGGAGGAUGGGGAUGGGGUGGAGGAGGUAACCAGAACUGUUGGAUUUGGGGAUGUAGCUAG